AUGAUUAAUUAAGAAUGUGAUACUAAAAUUAAAUAACAAGCAAUUAAGAGUGCUUUAAAAAAGGAACUACCUGUUGAAGAACAAAGUAAUUUAUUUGUUGAACAUUAAAGUGUUUCGACGUUACGAUAGGAAAGGUAGAUAAAUUGCUUUUGGCUCUAAAUAUGAAGUUACAAUAGAUGAGCAUGUUCAAUAUUUACAAGCAAUCCCUCCAGUUUCUACUCCAAGAGAUAGAACAAAGUCACCACUUAGCGUACCUUUGAGUGCUAGAUCACCUAGAAGCAAAUCUCCACUAAUGGACAAAGCUGAAACUGCCACUCCAAUUUAAAAUUCUCAAAAAUAAUUGGAAUUUACAAAAAAAGAAGAGGAAUCUUUAAAAAUACUAGAAAUAAAAUAUUAAAAAUAAAAAAGGCUAAGUAAAUAAUCAAAGUAGUGUUGUAUUAUUUGGUGA